AGCUGCAAGGGACCGGUGCGGGUACGCAGGCGAAAGGCGCUCUGAGCCGACUGAAAGUUCCCACGGAAAAAUUACCAUCUUCCCAGCCCACCAUGGCGGACGAAAUUGAUUUCACUACUGGUGAUGCCGGGGCUUCCAGCACUUACCCUAUGCAGUGUUCGGCCCUGCGCAAAAACGGCUUCGUGGUGCUCAAAGGACGGCCAUGCAAAAUAGUGGAGAUGUCAACUUCCAAAACUGGAAAGCAUGGUCAUGCCAAAGUACACCUUGUUGGAAUUGAUAUUUUUACGGGGAAAAAAUACGAAGAUAUUUGCCCUUCUACUCAUAACAUGGAUGUUCCAAAUAUUAAAAGAAAUGAUUAUCAACUGAUAUGCAUUCAGGAUGGUUACCUUUCCCUGCUGACAGAAACUGGUGAAGUCCGUGAGGAUCUUAAACUGCCAGAAGGUGAACUAGGCAAAGAAAUAGAAGGAAAAUACAAUGCAGGUGAAGAUGUACAGGUGUCUGUCAUGUGUGCCAUGAGUGAAGAGUAUGCUGUAGCCAUAAAGCCCUGCAAAUAAAUGAGAACAUGAGACAACCAAACUGGUUAGGUCUGGAUCAACUGCAGAUUACAAAGUUUGGUUCUAAUUGUCACCAAAGCUAUGGCCUCCAUAAGCAACCUCAUUCUUUAUCUCUCUUCUCUUUAUCUUUCUCUCUUUAUCCCCCCCCCCUUUUUAAAUAAGUACUGAGUUGGUUUUGCAGGCAGUUGGUAACUUUUUUAAAAAUCAAGCUGUACAAUUUUUUUUUCAAUUUUAUAGAUGUCUUUCCUAUAACAUUCCUGUGGUUUUCAGUGUGUAAGUCCAAGAAACAGACAAGACAGCCCCAGCAGAUGUGAUUUGUCUGAGCAGAUCAUUCCUGAAUUUUAAUCAAUUAAUUAAUAAACCAGUGUUUUAAAUCAGGCAAUGUAGCAUCUAGUGGUACUGGAAUACCACAUUUAAGUUGAAUCACUCUGCAUUAAUUUUAGAUUUAAUGUCACAGAAUAUGUAGAUUAUAGAUUAGAAUUGUUGGUUUCAGCCUGUGUGUAGCAAACACAUAUCCUUAAUCAAAAACCAUGUCACAGUGUCAUUUACUUUGGUGGCCAUGUGCCACCACAUAUACUCAGUAAUACUGUUCUUUGCUAAAUGUCCAGCUUAGUAUAACCUUCAGUGGUGGUUUUAGUAUCUGCUUGUGGUUGACAGAGGGACACUGAACUAUUGAUGAAUUUAAGCAAGUCACAUUGUAAAGAAUGAAGAACUGUGGCAAAGAAAAGAUACUAGAACUCUGUUUUUUAUUGACAUCUUUAUAACCAGCGUAAAAAAUAGAAAGUGGCUCUUUAGUUGUAUUUUGGCUUUUAACUUUUGUCUCCCAGCCUUAAUCUCCCAACACUGAAAGUAUUACCUGCUUAACAGAACCCUAUAUGUAGUAUUUUUUCCAAUCAUCUUGAUGCAUGUUGGUAUUAAUCAGUAAUAGCACUUUUCCAACCAUGAUAAGUAGAAUUUUUUACAUUAAAUAUUUGUUAGACUAAAGCUGGGAAUUCUUAAGUUGAUUUGGAAUUCUUAACUUAGUUAAAUUUGUGCACAUUUUUGUCUAAAGUGAAAUGAGUGAAUUAUGGGAGAAAUACUUUACUUGAAAAUUAAGUAUAUGUAAUUUUUUGAUUGUCUUGUGAUUUAUUUAGUUACUGAUGUGAACUAUAACUACAAAGGAAUUCUAUAAACUGAAUUAUUUAAAACGUGUUUUAGGUGAUACCAUUGCUUUUCUCUUUAGUCUUUUAGACUAUAUGUGUAUUAUUUUCAGAAUUUUAGAUAUUGUUACAAGAUUUGCAAAGACCUUUGACUCAGUAGCAAUCAUUAUUUGGAGUGCAACCUGGAACAAAAUCACUAUAUCUCAUUCUGCCUUGAUUCUGUGAAACUGGUUAUGAGCUCUCUCCCACAAUGCUUUGGCCACAGGGACACCUGUUCUUAUCAUCUAGAAGAAAGUAUAUCUAAUACUUUUCUAAUCAAUAACUAGAAAUAGCACUUAGGCUGCAAUAUUCCAAGUUUUAGUUGCUUAAUUUGUACACAAUUUUAAGUCUUAGCCUCACCAAACCCAUUUAGAGAAGAUGCAAGGUAUUUUAAGAGAAGUAUGAGGAAGAGAAUUCUGAAGCACAAGAAAUGCUGAGAUUGAUUUUAGUGUAACAUUUUAGCUUUUGCCCAUCCAAAGCACAAUUAAGAAAUGACUAAAUUCUUUUCAGCAUUCUGUUUAAGUAUCUACUACACACUGUUCUAGAUUUUUAGUACUCUCAUCUCUGGUACUUGCUACCAGUUGAUAGUUCCCCAGAGGAAGUCCAUAAAAUUAUUGAGCUAUGCUGCUUGCUAGUCACUCAUCUGGCCCUAGUUAUAACCAUAUUAGCGUUCUGAUUUAAUAUUAAUUCUAGAUUAGCAUGCCCUUGUUCUUCCCAACUUGUUAAACUUUGCAUAUUUUCAAUAGUGAUAGAACGGUGUACAAAUUAUAACAAUGCAUCUCUUAUUUCCAUACCUUGAGUGGCAAAAGGUAUUUAUGCAUAAAUAUUUCAUUUGAAAUACUAUAUGAAGUGUAAAUAUUCUAACAUAUAUAUAUAGAUUUUAAAGAUACAGGAUUGUUUAUUUUCACAUAAGUCAAUAGAUGUUUCUCUAGAACAAGAUAUUUCAUUUAGUAAAGCUUUAUAAAUUGUAUUACAAGGAAGCAGGGAACAUAUAUUUUUUGACACAGAAGUGACAUUAUUCUUUUUGACAUCAGAGAAAUGUUAAAAGUUUAUUUCUAGCACUGUUGUACUUUUUGUAGUAAAUGUUAAAUAUCGCCAAUUAUAUAAAAUUAAACUGUCAUGAUGAUAGGUUAUGCAGUAAUACACCAUUCUUCUCUGUAUACAUUUUGCCAAUUUUUAGACAGUAUUAGCAGGUUGAAUAUUUGUUUGUUUCUAGAACAUGUUUUAUUUCUACUGUGAAGACUGUUAUGCUUUAUCUGCUACAUUUUAUAUCCUCUGAUGUAAAUUGGAUCAUUGCUGCUUUGACUUAAUAUUUACAUCGUGAACCUAAUUAUGAUAUUUCUUCCGUGCUCCCCUCCAAGGCUCUCAGUCACUUGAACAAAUUAUUGUUAACUGAGCUCUUGUCUCUUUUUCCUUUAGUGGUACAAAUUUCUGUGCUGAUGCUUUAUAUAAAUUACCAAAUUUUCUGCAGCCAGACCAUGAUAUCUUUAACAGGAGAUGCUGCAGUAAAGUGUUUAGGCUGUAAAGUUUGGGGACACAGUUUUUCAUUACAGCACAAUGUGAGUGUGUAUAUGAGCACACAUAGCUUUGUAUAUUUAUUCUUUUUUCAAAGUCCUUCCAACUACUAAAAGUACUGUAGUCUGGUAGUGCCUCAAAUGUUGGUAAUUUUUUUUUAAUUUACAACCUUUCCAGGAUUUGUAGCUUAAUGUUUCUCUCAAUUAGAUUAUUUCUAGUUGAGCUAUAAUUUGAGUGCAUUAUUCUCAGGGCUGUUCAUGCUAAGAGUUGAAGUUUCAUUUUACAGCUAACUGUCUGAAAGCAUCUUGCAAACUUUUCCCAAAUGAUAAUACUAUAAAGCCUACAUAUAAAAUUCUUAAUGUCAACAUAUUUAAACUACUUACUGAUUAUUUAAGAAAAAAUGGAAACCUUCGUAGCAACUAUACUGGAAUUUUGCCAUAUUUUUCAUUUUAGGAUAGAAUUUUAGGGUAGAUAGUUCUUACCUCAGAACCCUAUCCUUAGUGAUAUAUUGACAGCAUUCCUUUGGCAUGGACCCCAAAGAUAGUUUCAGAGAUAGAUAUUGUAGGUUCUCAACCAUAUUUGGGAACAAAGACUGAACAUUGAUAAUGGUCUUUUGGUCUUUUUGGUCUAAACCUUUAACUGUUUACAUACUGAAUUCUAUUAUAUAUGAGCUAGGAACACAUUUAGUAUGAGGAAAUAUGGCUCUUAGUAUAAGAGCAAAAAUAUAAGCAUAUUUCCUUAAAUAGUAUAUUAUACUGAUAAAGUUUUUAAUUUUCCUGUACCAUUUAAAACACAAUAUUUCAUAGGUUCCAAGCUUUUUUUCUGCUAGAAUUCAGAAAAUAGGCAACUAAGAUUUAAGAGAAAUUCAUGGUGGAAAUGUUAAAAUUGAGAAAAUUCAGUCUAUUGUUUAAUAUAUUAAACUUUUUCUCUAAAUUGAGUAUAUGACAUCAUUAUUUGAUUAUAGCAGGAACAUUUGGAUUUAGCUUAUGGAACACAGAUGUUCUGUGGGAACACGGCUUGAAGUCACAAUGUAACUCAGUGUUUUUCCAUUAAAUAAACGUCUGAACACCAAUUUAAUUACCAGGUGAGGUCAAGUGCCUGAAAAGUGCUGUAUACGUCCACUAAACACGUUUUCUGUAUGUGAAAAAUGCAUCUUUUAGCAGUGCAUACCAAGCUUUCAUCCACCAGAAAUACCCUUGUUGCCAAACUUUGCCAUUCAU